AUGCGCAGCACACUGGCAGCUGCUCUUGCAUGGAGCAUUUGCAUUGUUGCUGCGUUCAUCGAUUCCAAUGUCAACUCUACCUCUCUUGCUUUCUCAGAAUACUCUCUCCUUGGUGCUAAUUUACCAGAAGGGACAUGCAAUGGCGAUACACCUUGUGCCAACGCUGCAUGCUGCAGCACCGGUGGUAUUUGCGGCUAUAGUCUUGCCGAAUGUGGAAAGGGUAACUGCACCUCGAAUUGUGAUGCAAAGGCACAAUGCGGACCUUACGCCGAGGAAGGCUCUCAAAGAUGCCCUCUGAAUGUCUGCUGUUCGAAAUUUGGCUGGUGCGGCUCGACAUCCGAGUUCUGUGAUUCUGGCUGCCAAAAAGGAUACGGAAGCUGUGGAAAUGUCAAGCGACCCAAGUGCUCCUCAAAUAAUGGAUAUUUUAAGCGCCAAAUUGGAUACUAUGAGUCUUGGGCCAAUUUUCGAGGAUGCCAGAAAGUCAGCCCGAAUGAUCUAGACCUGACUGGAUAUACACACAUCAACUUUGCUUUUGCGCUUUUUGAUGAAGUGUUGGAGACUGGUGCGUUUGGUUCAAAGACAAUGUCAUUUAAAAUUGCCCCUAUGGGGAGUCACAGCGAGGAACUAUACUCGGAGUUCACUGCCUUGAAGAAUGGACGCCAAGGCUUACAGACCUGGAUCUCUAUUGGAGGCUGGGCCUUCUCAGAUCCGGGGCCAACUCGCUAUGCAUGGACGAACAUGGUCCAGGGACGUAGCACCCGCGCAAACUUCAUCGACAAUCUCAUCCGAUUCAUGGAAACCUAUGGGUUUGAUGGUGUCGACCUAGAUUGGGAAUAUCCACAGGCUGCUGACCGAGACGGUCAUUACACGGAUACUGAAAACUAUGUGGCGCUCGUCAGGGAAAUGAGGCAUGCCUUUGGUUCCAGAUUUGGAAUCUCGGUAACCUUGCCGGCCUCAUACUGGUAUCUUCAGCAUUUUGACGUUUAUUCUAUGGAGCGCUACGUUGACUGGUUCAACCUUAUGUCUUAUGACAUGCACGGAGUUUGGGACAAAUACUCCCGCAACAUCGGACCGUACAUUGCUCCGCAUACUAAUAUCACCGAGAUAGAUCUUGGGCUGGAUUUACUGUGGCGUGCAGGCAUUGACCCCCAUAAGGUUGUUAUGGGACUGGGGCUUUAUGGUCGAAGUUUUAAACUAGCAGAUACUUCCUGCAAUGUUCCAAAUGGAAUCUGCGAAUUCAUCUAUGAAAAUGGCGUGGGGGCUGAUCCGGGCGGCUGUUCUGAUGCGUCCGGAAUCCUUAACUUGGCAGGGAUCAAUGAUAUAAUCGAGACUGGCGAUCUACGAAAACACCUCGUUUUCGACAAAAAAGCAGCCGUCAAGUGGAUGACAUUCAACACCGACCAGUGGGUGUCCUUUGAUGACGCGGAGACACUCGAGCUGAAGAGAAGUUUUGCAAUGAGCCGAUGCUUGGGUGGCACAAUGGUCUGGGCAAUGGAUCAAGUUGACCAGGAGAAAGACUCUGAGAUCGCACAACCAGUGACGCUGAACAAUGAUCAGCGCCGAGUUCAGGAAUAUCUGGAUCGCAACUAUGCAGCUCAAUCGGCAUGUUUUAUGUCAGAGUGUGGCGAAAAAUGUCCAAGCGGAACCAACGCGAUCAUAGAAAUGUCUGGCUCACAGAGUCAGGUUGGCACAUCACUAAAUGAGUGUGGAAAGUCGCCAGGGAGAAUUCUGUGCUGUUCAGAUGGUACCACGCUUGGAACAUGUCAAUGGCGAGGUUAUAGUGGCCUGGGAAUGCCUUGUUUCAGCGGAUGCCAGAUUCAAGAGACGGAACUCAUCCAAAGCACUCGCUACCGCAUUUCUAAGUCCUCUUGGGAAUAUGACUGUGCAGGAAACACUUACGCAAGUUAUUGCUGCUCUGGCUUUUCGGCUCCCCCCGGUGGAUUCAACUCCGAAGUAGACAGCAGUCAGGAUAACGAAGAGGAUGACAAUGACCCGAUCAUGGCUAAUUUUGGUGACCAGGCAAAGGCUCUUGCAGAGGCGGGCGCCGAGCAAGUCGGUUUAGAUGUGGCUGCGAAAGCACUGUGUUCGCUGAUAGUGACCGGCAUUGAGGCCCUUCUUGACGAAGCAGAACUGGCGGUUCCUAUUCUUGGGGAGAUUGCAAUCGGCGUUGAAACUGUGGCAGAGGUCUUUGCCAAUCGAUAUCUCAUCAAAUUGUGCAGCGAACUGAUUGAGAAAGAGGGCAAGGCUGCAAUCAAAGCCAUUGAAAAUAAACUCGAACCCAAGAGAGUGACCAGGAAGCCGUCCAAGACACGACCUCCAAAGUCUUCGCACACGUCAGCGAAAACACGGACCGAGGAUCGAUGUGACAAUAAGAGAGCCGACAACCCCAACUGCAAACGACGAAAGAAGUCUGUCCGCACGACAACGGCGAUCUCUGAUGAACUUCAAGGGCGCACAACGCGCACUAUCACGUUAGACUGCGGUAAAUACCCUCAGCCGUGCUGGCACUACUCCUCCGUGAUCAGGGCCAACCCGGAAUAUGGGCAUUUGACGUGCAUCUAUGGCCCUGUCCCUAACCAAAAACGCCGGGCAGUGGAAGAUUGGUAUGUGGAGCAUGACCCGAACCUCGUUGACACAGAUAUUGCUUGUCAAGCCGAUGAAUGGCCCCCUGCAAAAUAUAUUCAGAUUAAUGACGGCUCUCAAUAUUUGGAGGGAUAUGGAAACCGCAUCCUCAAAGACGAAAAGCAAUUUAUUCGGCUUCUUUCCGGAAGCCAAAAUACGGCUGCUGGUCAAAAGUUCAUCAGGUGUCCAAAAGCAGCCAGAUCGGAAGAUGUUCAAACAGAGAUCAGUUUGGAGGCCCCGAAGCAUGGAGGAAACCUGUAUACCGAAUGGACAAAAGUAAAGGCAGUCUUCACCCGAGAGAUUCACUCGGUUUCAUUUGAGCACAACGCCGAUCCAGGAGACGGUGAUGAUGGAUUAACAAUCAAUGAAUGUGCAAAGCUGAAGGGCGUCGGGGACAAAACCAACUAUCCUGGGUUCGCGCUUCUCAACAGAGAUCCGUGGUUUGACACGCAUCAAGGGGAGGUCAAAUACCAAAAACUCUACGAGAAAACAACAGACAAGAGAAAACGAGACUUUUUGCUCAGCCCUGACGAGAUUGUGGUGGUCGGAUCUAAUUCGAGUCGGAGACCCACGGCCGAAGAACUCCGCAAUGAUUUUGGAUUGAUUCGAUGCGAAGGUGACUGUGGAAACGAGGUUGCCGAGCUUGAACAUGUUGAGCAUAAUCUGAAGGUUCUGCGGCCUUCUAGUUUGAUGCCUGUACCCGCUGUGGCCUCAGCAACUUCUAUAUCAGUCUCUGCGACACACGGCGUGACAGCUAAAGGGCGAAUCAGCAACUUCGAUAGUACACAUUUCCCUCAGCAGACGCAGGCCUAG